GUGCCUCGGGUGGACCAAUAAGGAUGCGGAGGCCGGGCUGGCUUGGGGGAAGGGGACGGCGCGCGGGAAAAGAACUCAAGUCAUCCGUGGUGGCUGCUGGGACUCGCUGUGGGUUCUGAUCUGUCCUGGUAUGGUUGCAAAUUAGGGUCGAGUUCAGUGCUGGUGAGCCAUGAAGUGCCUGAUCACCGGCGGCAACGUGAAGGUGCUGGGCAAGGCUGUCCAUUCGCUAUCCCGAAUCGGGGACGAGCUCUAUCUAGAACCCUUGAAGGACGGGCUCUCUCUACGGACUGUGAACUCCUCCCGUUCUGCCUAUGCCUGCUUCCUCUUUGCCCCACUCUUCUUCCAGCAGUACCAGGUGGCUUCCCCUGGUCAGGACCUGCUGCGCUGUAAGAUCUUGAUGAAGUCCUUCCUGUCCGUCUUCCGCUCGCUGGCGAUGGUGGAGAAGACCGUGGAAAAGUGUUGCAUCUCCCUCAGUAGCAGCAACAACUAUCUGGUGGUCCAGCUCCACUGCAAGUAUGGGGUCAAGAAAACACACAACCUCUCCUUCCAGGACUGUGAGUCCCUGCAGGCCGUCUUCAACCCAUCCUUGUGCCCUCACUUGCUCCGUGCACCAGCGCGGGUUCUGGCAGAGGCUGUUCUGUCCUUUCCCCCUGCACUGACUGAGGUGACACUGGGCAUUGACCGUGGCCGACGGGUCAUCCUGCGCAGCUACCAGGAGGAGGAGGCAGACAGCACCAACAAAGCCAUGGUCACUGAGACUAGCAUUGGGGAGGAGGACUUCCAGCAGCUGCAUGCCCCUGAAGGGAUAGCUGUCACCUUCUGCCUCAAGGAAUUUCGGGGGCUCCUGAGCUUUGCAGAAUCAGCAAACUUGCCUCUUACGGUCCACUUUGAUGUUCCAGGCAGGCCAGUCAUCUUUACCAUUGAGGAUUCUUUGCUGGAUAGCCACUUUGUCUUGGCCACACUCUUAGAGCAAGACCCAUGUUCCCAGAACCUGUGCUCCCCAAAUCCUUGCCAGCCAGUACCUCAGAAGCAGGCUCACAGCAUACCCCACUUAGAUGACUUUACCAAUGAUGACAUCGACUGUUACAUGAUUGCCAUGGAAACCACCGUGGGCAGUGAGGGCUCCCGGGCACAGCCUUCCACUUCCCUCCCACCUGUCUCCCAGCCCUCCCAUGACCUUGCCCCCGCCUCAGAAGAAGAGGAGGAAGCUGAGCCCAGUACAGUGCCUGGAACUCCUCCACCCAAGAAGUUUCGUUCACUUUUCUUUGGCUCCAUCCUGGCCCCUGUACACUCCCCCCAGGGUCCCAGCCCUGUGCUGGCUGAGGACAGUGAUGGUGAAGGCUGAACUUGAAAAACCUGAAGCCUGUGCCCAAAGGACCAUGAACCAGAAAGGAGCCCAGCCACUGGCAGGGACUGGAACUUAGUGGGGUAGGCCCCACUUGGCUGUAUGCUGCAGUGCUGCCUAGGCAACCAUGUUUGGUCUGUUGUAUAUUAUUAACCCAACCUGUAUCAAUCAUGUCUCUUUCUGGUGCCCACCUACCACCUGACAGAUUCCUUACCUUUCUUACUGUAGAACCACAGGCCAGGCUCUAGGUAUCUAGCCAGAGCUAGAAAUUUACCUUCCUCUGGCUUGCCUGCCUCUUAAAAAAAAAGAACAAAACCAUACAAUCACAGUGCUAAUUAUCCUCUGCCAAUUGUGAACUAACUCGCUGUCAAACCUCUGGGACGGUCUGUGGUUGGUAGGAACGAUUUCUCUUUCUUUCCCAAUACUUGUGCCUUGGCUUGGUGUCCUAACAGCCUCUAGAACAAGUGUGCCACUGGGGUUGCUCUCAGGUAGCUUUGUGCCAAAGGGCUACUGGCCCACUGUCUGAAACAAGUGAGACAGAGGCCAUGCGAGAAUCCAGCUUUGACCUUUAUUCAAUAGACCAGAUGGGCCACCCCAGGAUCUGGCUGCCAGCCCUGCAAGGCUGGAGACCCACACUCUGAUCUGCCAUUGCCCUGAGCUGCAGCCUUGGCCCCAGGAUUCCACUUGCAGCCACCACAGGUGCUGGUGGGAGGGAGCCCCGGAGGAUUAGAUGCUGCUAUUGAUUCAUUAAAAAAGAAAGGAAAA